CGGGGCAAAAAAAAACCCCACAAAAUAACAGGGGAAAAAUAUUGCAUUCCUGUUACCUCUCCUCCCCUUGUCAGCUACACCCCACCCCCGCCAGACAUCGUUCCGCCAGCAGCACGUUUUUCCGAAAGGCCACGCCGUACGCCUGACGGGUGAAUUAGUAAAUUUCUUCUUUCAAGUCCGCAAGGGAUUGGAAAAAAAAACAUACAUCGUCUCCAAACUGGUUUACAAACAUUUCGUGGCAAUUCAACAUUAUUUUGUUUCCAUUCUGUAUAACUAUUAUUUUGAAAUGCUUUUGAGCUUGCAAAACUUGCAAUUUGCGUCGACGGGUAAGCGGCCUAUGCACAUUCCAAUAAUUUUCCCCGCCCCGCCUAUUUGUCUUCGAAGAAAACAGGGGAAGAAAUUGUAUUUGGGUCUUUGGGUUUAGCUACUGGACUGCCUUGAAUUUGUGAGGGGCGCCACAAUGUCCACAUUACCAUUCUGAGAUAAGCAACUGCGCAGUAAGCGACCAUGCCGGACAAGAAACAAAACCAAGGCCGUAAGAAGCAAGCUCCGAAACAACGAGGUGGCAAGAGCCCAGCUCGCAAGAAUCCUCCCGGCAAGAGGCCCCAGAGCAAAAGCCCCGCCCGCAACAACAACCCCGCCCAAAGUGGCCCCGCCCGCAACAGCCCCGCCCUUGCUCCCCCGGCUGUUGGUCCAUCCUCCCAAAAUGCUCCGGCCGGCCAGCGUGGGCCCAGCCCACCGUCGCCGUACGACUACAACCCCACGACGCACUACAGCCGGCCAGUCAGUACCCAUUCCAUGGUGACAGCGGGACAGGACUUUCAGCACAUUGAUCCAUGGUAUUCCCAGCAGCAGGAGCAGCAGCAACAGCAACAACAACAACAGCAACAACAACAACAACAACAACAACAACAACAACAACAACAACAGCAGCAGCAGCAGUAUUACCAGGAUGACCCAGCAUAUAGUAGACACUCACCGAGAUUGGAAGCGCGACAUUCUCCGCGAAUGGACGGUCAGCACUCCCCAGCCCCCAAUGGGAGGACUUCUCCCUGGCUCGACGGCAGGGCCUCCCCUCAUCUGAGCAACAGGAACUCCCCACGCCUCCGUGACAGACGCUCAGAGCGCCUAGCGUACGGAGAUGAGGAUUACGCAUAUGAACCACGGGACAGAGACAUUGAAAUGGGCAACAUUAACCCAGGCUUCGAGACCAGCCCGCUUGCAUCGCCCAAUGAGCUGCAGCCUGCCGGCUAUUACCCUGAUCAUCAUCAUCAUCAUCAUCGCUCUGGCUCCAACGCCUCCAGCGUGUCCUACCGCUCCAGCAACGACAGCGAAAAUGAGAUUACCGAGAGGGAGCUGAUUGCCGCCAACCUGCGGGAUCCCUCCUCCGUGAUGGAAAUGCUUCCCAGUAGACAGCUAGGUCGAACCUUAUCAUCUGCCACCUCAAGUAACAAAUGGCUCCGCAAACGCAACCAGAAAUCCCUGCGACGCGGGCGGUCCAUGUCUGCGGCGAGGCGCGCCGAUGACGACGUGGGCGUGGAAAUGAUGAUAGAGAGGAUCCUGGCCGAUGAGGACGGUGCCGAGGGCACGGGCAGGAAACACUCCCUCAACAGGAGAAACACCAUCCGGAACAUACAGGGGAGUCUGGGCACCAAGCGAAAAGUCAGGGCGGAAGUACGGAAGCACUCGGACAGAAAGAAGCACAAGUCAGUAGGAAUGUUCAAGUACUGGCGCUACCAGAUAGCCUAUGGUUGGGAGAGCUUCAAGGAGUGGCUGUCCAACCUGACCUACUCCCUGGAGCUCUGGCGUGCCCCCAUCAAGAAGAUCGAGGGCAACUUUGGCAGCGGCGUCAAGUCCUACUUCAUCCUGCUCAAGUUGCUCCUGCUGCUCAACAUCCCGGUCUUCAUCCUGUCAUUUGGCUUCAUAACCGUCCCACAGCUGCUGUACCUGCCCAGCCCCUCGCAGAACAACAGCCGACCCUUCACGGGGGCGGAGCUACUGACAGGACAGGGUUGGUUGAUUGAGACAGAGCUCUACUUUGGUUACUACACCAAUCAAACCUUCAAUCUCGCCGGCAAUGCAUUCUACAACAUGCCUGUGGCGUAUCUGUUUGCCAGUAGUGGGUAUCUACUGCUCAUCUUUGUGGUCCUGUCACAGGGCAUGUCUAAGACGUACCGUAAGUACUUCAUCACCGGUGACCGGCAGCAUAACUUCUACACUUCCAAGGUGUUCUGCGGAUGGGAUUACAACAUCACGUCUGAGAGUACGGCCAAGCUCAAACAACGCAGCAUCUAUCUGGAACUCGCUGAGCAUCUAGCGUCCCACCACGGGUCUAGGACGAGGGACUGGACUUUCAUCUUGAAGUGGGCUCUGCUGAGGCUGGCCAUGAACGUCGUCGUCUUUGGCAUCAUCGCCGGGGCUUCCUAUCUCAUCUUCUUCGUCUACAAGGAGAGUGCUUUCACGACUGAUGUCAUCAUCAUAGGAGACCUAGCCAUAGCCCUACUGGUGAGCGGCUACAACCUAGUGCUUCCCUACAUCUUCAGCGUCAUCGGCAACCUGGAGAAAUACGAAAACCCACGCACAACGCUCUACUUUUCUCUCUUCAGGACGUUCCUGAUGAAGGCCACCAUCUUGGUCGUGUUGGUGUACCAUUGGUUCAGCCAGAUUGAAUGCAUUGGCGAAAACGCAGCCAAUACACUGCCAUGUCAGUGCUGGGAGACAUUCCUGGGGACCGAGGUCUACAAGCUGGUGGUCGUUGACUUCGUUGUCCAGAUACUGGCCACGUUCUUCCUGGAAUUUAUUAGGAGGAUUGGCCGUGAUCACUUCAGCACAUGGUUCGCAUCUCCGGAGUUUGACAUCGCCAGAAACACCAUGGACCUGAUCCAAUCCCAGACGUACACAUGGAUUGGCAUGUUCUUUGCUCCUCUCCUGAUGAUCAUCUGCAUCAUCAAGCUUAUCCUCCUCUUCUACAUCAAACAGGUGAGCGUGUUGUACAACUGCAAGCCAUCCCUUCAUCCGUGGCGCGUCGGCAUUGCACAGACACUCUUCUUCAUCAUCCUCUUCCUCAUGUAUGCAAUCUGUGUCAUCUCAGUGGGAUACAGCUUCGUCAGCAUCCAACCCUCACCGGAGUGUGGUCCAUUCAGGGGCCUGGAUUCCGUCUACGACGUGGUCACUGAGCUGGUCAACCAAUGGGAAGAGACCCAGGCAGUGUGGAACUUCAUCAUCACCUUCCUGACCACCCAGGGCGUGGUGGCUGCCAUUAUUACUCUACUCUGCUUAGCUGUCUACUACUACAGAACAGUCACCCAGGGCCGGCAGAAAACGGUCAAACGACUCAAGCAACAAAUAGCACUGGAGGGUAAGGACAAGUUGUUCUUGCUCAGGAUGCUGCAGAACGCCAUCCGGAAUCACAACUCGCUGCGCCAGGCUGGGGGCUCCUCUACCGAUGCAGCAGCAGCGGCAGCAGCGGCCAUUCCACCGCCCAUGCGCAAGGCCAAGAAGACGCACGCCAAGGUGCGCGGAGGGAUACACACCGCCCUCUCCCCGAAGGUCCAAGAUGCGGUGGAUAGCGCAGACAUCAUUAUACACGGAUCUUGAAAAUGAAGGUUGUAUUUUUAUUGGAAUGACUGCAUCUGAAUAAAUCUUGUUGACAUUCACAUUGCAUCAUCGGUAUGGAUGACAAACAAGCAGUGCAGUUUAUGCACAAACCUACGGGGGCAGUGAACCAGUCAAGCUUUAAAUUAUUUUUUUCUUCAGUAUUUUCCAAAGUUAAGUGAUCAUCGAUUCACCUGUUAAUGUAUAGAAUAUGAGAAACAUAAUUUGUACAUAAAAUUCAGUUUUCAAGCUUUAGAAACAAAAGAAGAAAUGUGACCUGCUGAGGCAAAAUGAGGAAUGUCCUCCAAAACCUUGUUUUGAGUAAUCGAUGCCUGAAGUCAGAUACUAGAAAAAAUCAUGUCCAAAUCCAUUUCGGUCUUUUUUUUUGUAGUUUUGAGUAGCCAAGGUAUCCAACAUUUUUACCAAAAUUGGCGGCCCGAUGCGUAUCUUUUUUUUUCAAAGCCGUUUUUCUUGAUUCUUUGGAAUAAAUUUGGUAUCAUUGGAAAGCCAAUGAAUCACGCUUUAACAUGAUGUAUGAACAUAUGAAAAGUCAAAGAUGGGGGUUAUUCCUCAUUAUGCUAUGGCGGGUCACAAAUAAUCUAGAAACUUCUUUCCCGGUACCGGUUAUUGGGCCCGGAGGAAAGGUUGUGAUUGGUCAAUGUUGGAGGUGUGAGCUUGAAAUCUUGAUUCUGAUUGGCCAGUAUUGGCAGGGUCAUAAUACUCAUGAGUAAUGAAACCAAUAUCUAAAAAAGAGAUUACCCAAAGCUUUCUCCAUUCUAAUAAGCUUUAAAAAAUGAUUUUAAAACUAUUGAUAUUUCAAAUUACCAAUGCAAUAAUGUGUGAAAAGAUGAUCAAAUUCUUGAUAUUUACAAUGAGGAAUCGUAUGAAACUGAACUGGUUCACGGUCCCAUUGGUUUGUGCGCAUAUUUCCUGGUUUUGUUUGUCAUCCGCACUCAAGAUGCAUUGAGGUUUACUUAGCCCUUGCUGGUGGUAACACACGGUGUCUACGGGAAGUGGCUACGACUCUUUCCAUAGGCUCAUGCACAAUUGCAAGCCCUAGUCAAGUUAGUCAGACGUAGCCAACGUCUGACGUUCAUUACCUCCAGAAUCUGGUCAGCCUUGGCUCUGAAUAGCGCCCCCGUGUGGUUGGAUCUCGGUACGGUGUUAUUUAGGGGGCAUUAGGCC